AUGGGGGACAAUCUGCUGGGUGUGGCACAGCCUGCACAGCAGGUGCAGCUCCUGCCAAAAGGAGUCUUAAGCUGCCACGCCCAGGUGCGGAAGUGUGGGGCCGAGCUCCUCCUGUCCCUGAUGGAGAGAAUUGGAGUCACAAAGCUGGCAGGCACAGCCAGGGCUGAGAGGCUGGCACACGUGGCAGGGAAGCUUGCUCAGGACUGUCACCAGGACACAAGGCAUUAUGGACAGGAGAUGGUGAAGAUGUUGCUCAAUCAUCAAAAAUUUAAAAUGCUUUUGGAGCGAUCUCUUUCCACCCAUGACCUGGAAGAUAUUCUGACAAGAAUGCAGAAGAAAGGGAUGGAAAACCAGAAGGCUGAACGCCCAUCUGUCAAGGAGCUGGUGAAGAAGAGGAACGAUGGCUCCAAGAAGCCCCAGGCCACAUUGUCUUCUAGCAAACAGGUGAAAUCUACCUCUGAUGGAUGCCUCCUACACCGUGCACAAGCCCAGGUCACGUUACCUCCGGUUGAGGAAGAAACAGAGCUGCUCCAGAAGCUUUACAAUCUCCUGGAGGCCAAGGGGUUUCAGACGCGCAUGGAAGGAGUGUCACUCCUCCAAGACCUGUGCAAAACCAGCCCCCAGCUCAUCUCCACUAACAUUGUCCAAAUUUUUGAUUAUUUUGUCCUGAGAAUAUCUGACAGCCACAAGAAAGUGAAGCAGAAGGCGCUGGACGUGCUGGCUGAAAUCACAGGCGUCCUGAAAGACGCCUUGAACCCGGUGAUCAUUGGUUUGGUGGAAGGAAUAACGAAGAACCUGAACUCCAAGGAUCCCAGGGUUCGUGCCGCAGCUGUGAAAGCGCUGGAAGAAUCCAUUGCUCAUUUAGAUAAGGUAUCACUGCUGAAAGAGUUCAGCUACCAGUGGAAUCAACUGAGUGGCCAAGCUCUGCUGGAUGUCACGGAGUGUAUCACAGGUAUGGCCUCCCCUUCUAGGCCAAGAGGUCUUCCCAGGGAGUAUUUACAGGCAAUGCCUGUGAACAGACAGCAGAGUAGCUCCUCCAAACCAGGAGGUGCUGAGCUUGUCCCUCCUGCCCAGUGCCCAAGGCAGGUGUAUUUGGCAGGUUUCCCUGGCUGCUGCAGAGCUGUGCAGCACCUGAGAUGGGGGCAGAGCUCGGCCUCGGGGCUGAGCUCCCACUGGGGCAUCUCAGAACCCAGCUCCAGGAAAGGGAGGGACUCAAAAUACCCCAGCUGGCUCCUCUCUUGGAAGCUCAGGGACAUCUGUCAUCUUUUAGGGAAAAUGGUGGCAAAUGCUGUUUCAGGGGAUCAGUUUGUUUUGUCCUCACAGAACUCUUGUUUUUCUCUUGGAAAGCUUUGAGGCUGAACUGUGCAGAGCCUGGGGUCACAGCUUAGGUCAAAACUCAACAGACGUAUUAGAGGCAGGGAUUUAGUGCAAGGCAGCCUUUGGGGGCAGAGGGGCAGAAGCAGAGUGCUGAGGCUCCCUGCCUGUGCUGUCAAAGUGGCACUGGACUGAGCAUUUCAGGGUGUGCAAACAGUGUCUGCCUGUGUCAGCACUGUCCCAAAUGUUACAAAUGCAGCUGAUAAUUGAUUCCUCAGAGGUGCUUGCUAUGUCAGCAAUAGCCAAGGAAUGGGAAAAUUAUAAUCCCAAUAUAUAGUAGAACAGACUAUUGAUAGCCUUGCUUUAACUGGGGCUAAAGCCACUGCUAAUUAGGCCAACAUCUUUGAAUGCAAGGUUUAAUACACUUUGUGUCUUCAUUGGGAAUCUCAAAAGGGCAUGUUCAGCAAUUGGGAAUGUCAAAGGCCCUUUAAAGAGCUUUGAAAAAAGUAGAUCUCCAGCAACAGGGAAUUUAGUUUUACAGAUCUUUUGAUCUCUUUUUCAAAUAAAGGAAUGAAACAUAAAUUAGGACUACUUUAGAAAAAGUAGAUGUUCUCUCUGAGAUUCAGUAGGAAGAGACAGCUGUUCCUUACCUUCAAUAGUCACCAAUGUCUUUAAUUGCAUUUAAACUCAAAUGAAUUCCCAUGUUAAAAUGGGUAUCAUAACCCUUUUCCUGCUUAGCACAAUUGGGGUUUGGGUACUUUCAGGAGCUGUUUUAAUAUUGAUGACUGCCAGUGGAUUAAAAGCAUAGAGAAAAUGAAGUCUCUUCCACCACAGAAUAAUAAAUGGCUACUAGAUAACAUUUUGCCUGAUCAGAAAAUAAGAAUGGUCUCCAGAGCUUUUCAGGAUUUGAGCUUUCAGCCAAAUCUGCCAUGCAAGGAGCCUGUUGGUAGUAAAUUUUUGUCUGUGUUUGACAUAGUUUGGUUCAGAAAAUGAGCAGAGAGCAGUUUUCAGAGACAAUAUGAGAAAAUACUUGUGUUUUGGAUGAAUUUCAGUCCCUUGUGUAGCAUUUUGCUCUCUCUAUGCCCCUAGUUCAGUGGACAUUAUAAGAAAAAAUGCCAUUAAGAUUGGGAGGGGAAAUGGCAUUAAAAUGUGGAGAUGCUCAAAUGCCAUAGCAAUGGGGUCUGGAUAAUUCUCUAAGGCACCCUGAGGUUUGAAACAGCUGCUUGUUGGAAGCCCCAGAAGCAUUCUGCCAAAGACACCAGCUAGUCACUGAUGUUUCCAAUCCAACUGUCAAGCAGCAGCCAUCUCUGGUGGGCUGGAGUUUUGAGGUGUGUUCUAAUCCUGCCCUUUGCAGUGUGCCACUGAGCAAAGGGAAGAGCCAGAUUAAACAUAUGGCACUUGACAUCAAAGUUAUGAAAAUGGAAUCAUCCCUUUUAUUGGAAAUCCCUCCAUUUCCUCUCUACGGUGCUUUUCCAAAUCUUCAGUGUGGGUUUAGACAACUUCUUAAUGGAAAUAAAAAGCAACUGGACAUUUCAUUCAUUGCUCAUGCAGAAAGUGAUUGUGCAAUAAUUUAGUAAAGGUACAAAGUCUGCCACAGGGACAAGGCUAUGGUUGGAGAAAUUAGUCCUGAGGGGUUGGUGGUUCUGUUUCCAGGAUGAUCAGCUGCUUUGCCCGUUUCUGGAUCAUGGGGCUCUGUGCUAUUUUGCUGAUCUUAGCCAGAAGGCUUCCAAUUAGCAAAAGCAGAGGUAGAUCCCUGUUUGCAUUAAGGCUGGUGGUUGAGAAGCUGUGUCUCUCUCCCGGCAGUGCUUGUGGAGUGGGUUUAUGCCAGGAGCCCUGAAGUGGUCCAGCACGACGCCCUGCCCGUGCUCUGGUCCUUCCUGGAGAACAAGGCGCUGCCGGUGCGAAGCGCCAAUGUCCGCACUGUGGCCACCAAGCUUGCCUCUGCCCUCUACAAGGUGAUGGGCACCAAGCUGAAGAGAUGUGCUGCCAGCCAGCCUCCACAUGUGCGGGAAAACCUCUCCAAAAUGUUGGGCUGGUGAAGGCAUGAUGUUCUCCAGAGAGAUGACAACGUGCUGAGUUGGACACCUCCAGAUCUGCCUUGUUAGCUGUGCCAAAAGAGACCAAAUGCUAAGGAAGGGUGUGCACCUGCCCUCUCUCUCCAUCGCCCUUCCUAGUCAUGGCAUGGGGAGCCUGAAGCAACUCCAGACUGAGGACAAGGUGAAGGCUGAUCAUGGCUCAGCCUCACACAGAGAUGUGACUGGUUACAGUCUUACUGAGAAGGUUCCUCUGGACAAUUCCCAUGGUGCCUUACCCACAAAGUCCUUGCCUGCUGUACAGAAGAGCUCUCUUUUCUCCAAGUUCAGGAAGAAGCUGCUGCCUGUAUGAAGAUUGUUUGAAGAAUAGGAUUUAUAUGUUAGGUUUUGUAGUAGAUGUACAUAUGUUCUGAUCCUUAGAUGUAGUUUUGAAUAAAUGUGUUUUGAUUGUACCUUUAAAUCUUGAUUACAUAUUUUUAAUUGUAUAUAUUUUAUACUAAUGAUGAAAAAAAAGUAAAUAAAUAAAUUAAAUUUAAAUAAACCGGGAGAAGAAUGUGA